AUGCCUAUUACAGGCUCUAAGGACUGGCACGACUACUCGCACUGGUCUGGAUCCAGCAGGGGGGCUCGCAGGCUUCUGGAGGACCUCGAGGUGCUCGAUCAAAUGCUUUGCACCGACGCCACACCAAAUUACUACACCCUAAAACGUAGCACCGUCAUGCGCAAGGUACCGUCGAGGGGCCCUUGGCAUGAGCAGCUGGUAAACGCCCAGAAGCCGACGUUCUCGAUGGAGCCAUUUCGUUGCGUUUUGGGGUAUCUCGUGCUAGACUCCCUCGCCCCCUACAAGGUCCCGGGCCUGGUACCGCAGCACGGAGAAACCACCGACUCUGGAAGCGAAAGGCCUUCGAAGGACUCGGCAAACGGGCUCAGGAACGGGAGAGUGCAGGAGAGCCUGAAGUCCCUCGCCUGCCCAGAUGGCCGGGCGCCAGAGAAUCCGCUUCAGUCGAGGAGUCAGAGUCCCAUUCACAAGUCUCCCGGCAUUUCCCGUUCUGCGGACAACCCCUCAGAAGCCACCUGGACCUGAUUAUCCGUCCAGAGAUGAGCAGAGAUAAACAUCAUUUCCGGGAAAUGGUGCCAAACACAGGCGCCACGGGGGACCGAGAUGCUGCCAGCGAUGUCCGCGAUCGAGGGCGCCAGCG